AUGGAAACCCUAGUGGGUCAUGACAUUAGUCAAUUAGAGCGGCUACACAUAAAGUGCUUGGUUGGUUCUUCAUUGGUCAUAGAAAAGGUGGUCAUCCCUAAUUCGCCUUCUAAAUUGGAAUCUAGCAUGGACUCUGCUAUCACUCCCUCUAGCAUAGGUACCACUAUGCUUGGUGUACCUUCUCCUACUAAGAGUAUUGUUAAAGUAGAUUCUGAUAGCAGAAAACCCCCAUCUUCCUCAGCCAAGGUUGUGUUAAAGGGCCCUUCCUUUAAAAGAAAACUAGAUCAAAGAAAACUCUUUCUUUAUGUGAAGUUAUGA